AUGGCUGCGCGGGCCGCGUCUUGGGAGAACUGUGUCAGCGUUCUUUCUCACCCCUCCGAUGAUGAGCAGAGUAUUGUGGAAUGCGAAGUCCUUGACGAGCGUGCCGAGCUCGCGGGGACAGUGAGGUACUCGCCUGCGCCAACCCGUCGCGGCGGGGCUACUGCAGGAGGCAUCGACCGGGGCACUGCAGCGGUUCCGAGCGAUGCUGUAGGGGAUCCACACGGCGAGCCCUUCAGCAGCCGCCGUCUCUCCGGAGCCCAGCAUCAAUCAUCUCGCGUUCACCAACCGCGGCUGUCGCCGCUUCCGCCUCCCCAGCACUUCAGACGCGGUGAUGAUUUCAUGGGAGUCGGACGAGAAGUUGGCUUCAACGACAGUGUCGACGGCUUUCCAUUAUAUGUGGACGAUGACGGCGUCAUGAUGAUGUCCAGGCACCGCCGGCGCGACCCAUUUGCCUUUGUCUACGAUGCUGUGGAGGAGGGCGACUUUGCCAUGGUCGAUGAUCGCAGAAGCUCCUACCAUGGAGACGACGGUAUCGUGCUUGGCUCGUCUUCAGGCUCUUCAGAUGGUGUACUUGUGUCCGGCAGCUCUUCCUACUCUUCUUCUCUAUACGAGGAGCCCUUCCAACCCUCCCUGCAACAUCGGAGUCGAGCAUACAGAUAUGGGCUCUUGUACAGUGGCUACGCGGAUGCAGCUGCCAGAUUUGGGUACCCGACUCUUGCGGUGCACUACGGCGAGGGUACAGGCGCUCUGCUAGCGUACGACGGCGGCGCUCCCGUUCCCAUCGACGCAGCACUGCCUAGCCAUGGCCACGUCGCAUCACGUCGUCGGCGCCUCGUAGGGGUUGGCUCCAGCGUGUACGCAAGGCCUAAUGCAAAACGCCGUCGGUCCACACGCAAGAAGGGCAAGCGCCCACGACGUGGUAGCACUGGCAGCGGACGGCCUGGAAGGACGGACAGCAGGACAACGGGUAGCCCACACGCACCCGCUGGGCGCCACGGGAGCUACAGAGAGGGGCGCAACUGGGGUCACCCACCAACACGUCUGUCAGGCAGCGGUUCCCUUUCGGCCAGCACGAAUCCGUUGCUGAACAUCAUCGGCGGAGUAAGUGUGGCGGCAACCACCAGCGCCACUGCGGCCGCAGGUAUCCCUAGCGGCCUCAGCUCCCUUUUUUCUACCGGUGUCCCGAUCAAGGUCGGGCACUCCGAGGCGGGGAAGGCGGUGCGGAUGCGUGAGCACCUGCUAGCGCGCGAGGCGGAAAUGAAGAAGCGAUACGCGGAGCUUCGUCGCGGCACUGACAGGACCGUGAGGACUGGUGCUGCGGCAGACGUCACCCGAGGUCCGCGGCAGAAGGCAGUGGCAGCCACCCUGUAUGGGGAGUUCUUCUCUCGGACAGGAGACGGCGCUGAUAGUGCCGCCUACCAUAGCGAUGCAAUCGCGGCACAGUCCACUCGCGGCACUCGGUCCUUCAGUCCGCUCUCGAUGUCUCUGAAAGACUUGAAGCGAUGCACGGGACUACACACGGGCAGGGAGGGAGGGGGGAAGGCCUUUGCGCUGGCGACGACACACUCCGGCCGCUCACGUGCUAAAGGUGGCGCCUCCUCACAAUCACAGUUGGCGACGACGAAGGGCGUGUGUGUGCGGGCAGACCCAACCCCCGCCGCUGCUGCUGCCAGGGGGAGGGGUGGCGAUGGCAAAUUCGGCGUCGCCUGCAGCGACAGUGCGCCUGGAAGGCUGCAUGACGCCGAAUUUGCGGCAGGGACGGCGACACACCCCGAACAGCGUAUGAUGGCGGUGUGUGACCCCUACACGAGCUCUACCGUCGCCCUAGCUUACGCACCACUGGCAGAAGCGGCAGCGACGGCGGCAGUGCACACCUGCGCGGCUGGAAUCCAGUUCUUUCGAGACCCGUCGGUGUCUCAGUCAGCCGCGGUAGCACUGCUGCCAUCGAGUUCCUCGGCCUUGCCCGAGACCCCCUCUCAGCUUUUACCGACCACUUACGUGCUCGAUGUUGGUAAUCCGCCAUUGGCACCUACGCUUCCAGGGGCUGCAGCCAUCUCUGACGGGGGCUCGCUCCAUGCGUCCUUCAGCGCUCUGUACCCGCCGUCCACACCACCCACGGCCAUCACGGGAUCUGCGGUGUAUCUUCCUCCCUCAUCCUUCCAGUCCUUCUCCACCCCUCACACGUCCACGGCAAAACAACUUCAGCCCUGGCAGCCCCCCUGCCGUGGAUCUGUUGGCGAAGAGCCGUCUAAGUCACGCAGUCCGAGUCCGCUGAUGAUGGGCAGGCCUCCCUUCGUCACGUCGCUGUUGCCGCAUCAGCUACGAAGUCGCGGCGGCGUGACGUCAAUGGACCGGUUGGCGACGGAAGCGACGGAUAGGGACCAACUGGAGCGGCGCUUGCCCACCACGACGGCUCUCUUUCGCGACUUCUCUCCUGGCUUGGCCGCACGUGGUGAGAACGCUGGCGCAGGUGCGCUGCCCACGGUGGCGGCAAGCGGAAGUGGUGGCACGACGUCGUUGGAUGUGAGAGGCCCCUGCGGCUCAGGUCAGUCGAUAGCGACGGCACUCAGCUUUGGCGACGACGCGCGCUCAAGACGGAGACUGCAAAGCGGUGCGGCCGGUGCUGCUGACGGGUACGGCACAGCGGCAGUGCCUGCAGUGGAAGUCGACGUUGAGGGAAGCGCUGACCUUUUGCCAUGGUGUUGGCGCCGCGGUGCGUCUGCGUUUGGUAUGGGGGUCGGGGAGGACGAAGGUGGUGAUUUGAUCGCCGCCACAUCCCAGGAGGAGGGUGCACGCGGAUGGCCUGGUGUAUUGCCCGGCGUCGCCCACCUGCGCGGAACCGCCGGUGGGUACGCCGCUAAUUGUCUCGCAGACGGUGCAUUGUACAGCACCUCCGCCACCAUGCCGUCCUCCUUCGCGUGGCCAUACUCGGUGUCACCGCUGUUCGCCGCGCCGCUGCAGCUGCCUGUGUACCCGCCUUCUAUCGCCCCUUACACGACACUGCCUCAUCCUCCACACAACACGCGCUAUCAUGCCUGGACAGCCGAGGGUGUGUCGGCGACGUCGAACACCUCGUGCAUGGUGCACGUCUUCACCGUCUCGAGGAAGAUGCUGCACAGAGUGUACGAGUACGUUGCGUACAUGUGUGUGGCGAAGCGAUAUGCAGAGCUGCAGCGGCGGUGCAGGAAACGUGAGGAGCACCUCAUCAAAGAGUUGGCCGCUGGUAGGCUGACGCGUGGCGCCCAGCGGCGCCUACACUGCCCCCAUUGUGGUGCAGUCGGGAAGGUGGUGAGAAAGCCUGCCUCGCCACGUGACGGUCAGGCGCUGCCAUCGCACCCUUUUCUAGUCUCAACGCUGACCCAAUCGCAGCCUCUGCGGCACAAUGUAAAGCACCAACACAACCGUAACCCCUGCCACUCACGCUCGUCGCAUCGUCCCUCGUUGGCGUCGACCACCACCACCAACACCACCACCACACCGCUGCUCUUUCUGCGCCGCAGUGCGUCGUCCGCGAGCUCCCCCUUGGAGUUGCCGCUCUCACAGCAGCAGCAGACAGAGAGUCUUGGGUGGUCGUUGAGGAUGUUGCCAUCGCCGAAGCAGACGUCUAUGCCUCCGCAGCCGUCUCCACGCUUGGAUUCUAGAAUGGGUAGUGCGACCCAAGACAGCAGUCGCGUCGCAAGCGACGUCGGCACCGGCAGAAUUGACGAGCGCCAAAGCGCGCCUCGCGCUUUGGUCAUCGAUGAGGUGAACGCCGUCUUAGAGGCUCCGCGAGUGUCUGCGGUGCCACAUUCGUCCCCCGACACUCCGGAUGUGAGGGCGGAGCGCGCACCGUUGACACGGAAUGGGAGUAGCACAUCUGGGUUGUUCCCUGCGCUUCUGCCCUCGGCUUGGUCCACCUCGCUUCCACCGCUGCGAUUGCAACGGCAACAGGAGCUUCAAGAAGAGAAUCGCUCGUCGCAGGAGUACCAAUACAUCCAGUCAAUGUCGGUGUUUCAGCUAUCGAGUGCUAGCGCGACGCAGUCGUCUUCCCCGAUCCUGUCGCCACCGCCACUACUUCCCAUUCUCCCUACGGUCACCACGGCAUCACCCCCUCUUACAAGGCCGCACGCAUCUCCGCGUGCCUCCAGCUCGCCCGGUGUGGAGCUGACAGGGAUAACCAACAGCAGCGAAACUCACGUCGAUGCACUUCUGAACUUUUCUGUCGGGAGCCGCAAGCACUCGCAUCCUCUUCACAUGAAUUCACUGCCAUAUGAGCCAAGCGCGCAGACAAUCUCUGAUGGAUACGCUGGCGCUUCCAGCAACGACUUGUGCGCACCGCAGCAGCGUACUCCGACCGCCAAAUUGGCACGUGGUGCAGACGAGGCCGUCGCAGCCUCGUUGCCUCACAAGAGUGUUGAAGAGUGCAGCAGUGCCAUUGAUGAGGGUGCCGCCGUGCAACAGUCGUCUUCACGCGCGGCGCUCGCGAACAGUAACUGCAAGAACGACAGCCACAGUUUCCGCGUCGGCGAUAUUGACAGCAAUGAUGAAGACGAGCGACUGGAGCGGGCCGAGUCUAUGGCGCGCCAAGCGUCAGAGCUGAUGGCUUUGCAGCGACAGCUGUCUCCCGGCGAAUUCUUCCCGGACACGCGUAUGCCUCCACCGUCGCUGCUGCUGGGCACACCAACGACCGCCUCGCCGGACCGCUCCAAGCGAAUGGCGGCAUCCGCUGAUUUGCCUGUGCUGAAGUGUGCGCCUCCUGCUGCGGCGAAUGCGGCGAACGUCACCAGAGUCGCUAUAUCGGCGGCCUCCAACUCGCAAGUGAGAGGUAUGGGCAGCAGCAUGAGGAGCAACCCCAACAUCAACAACAUGAGCAGCGCCAGGUCGCUCUUAAGCCCGAUGUUGAGGUCGGCCCUGACACCUGCGUUGUUGCCGCUGACACACUCACCAUCGCCGCCGCAGGGCGAGAGAGGUGAAGAGGAUGAGGGUAGCGUUGCUGCGAUGCAGUGCUGGCGUGACAUGGAUUUUCCCGAAACUACACGAAACCGCCGUCGCAGUGAUGAUCCUUCUUACGUGUGCCUCGGCUGCCACCACGACGUGAUACCAAAACUGUCGCUGCUGACGUCGAUCGGAGACUAUUGUUCAUCGCGCCGCCAUUCCCAGCUCGUUCAUCAUCACUCAGCUGCACGGCGCAGUCAGACCACUAACAACAGCUCUGGCAGCGGUGUGAGUGAUGCCGACGUGGACCGCGUUGGAGCCGAGGAGACUGUGAGUGCUGACAUCGGAGUCAUAGCGUUCGACGACCUUCUUCAGGAUGACGCGCUUGUGUAUGCCUUGCACACCUCCUUGUGCAAGUCGCUCAUGAUGCCUUCAACGCGAGAGCCACCGUCGUUGCCAACGACGCCACACAAGAGACGUCAGAAAAGGCGCACAAGUACGUCACCAGCGCGUGCGGAUCGGAAUAGCUUCUUGCACCCCGUUUUAGCGGUCACAUCCGCGCACCAAAUCGGCGCAUCUCCGACGUUGUCCCAGGAGACUAGAGCUGUAGCGGCAACCGUCGCUGAAAGUGAGGGGCACAGCGUCCCAGCAGAAUCUGUGAGCACCCCUUCGUGUCACUCGUCGUGUGUGCUAAAUCAGAGAAGCCCAGCGGCGAUAAGAGGCGUCAGUGCAGUGUCUUCACAGAGCAUCAUCAGCGAUAUCGAUGACGGCCAACGCGAACCAACCACGUUCCCGCUCUCUAUUUCAGCUGCAUCGUCGUCAUUCAAGUCGCUCACGUUAGCGUCCUCGGAAAUCUCGUCGGCAGCAGCGGGCGCGAUGUCGUCCACACUGAAGGGCUGUACUGUCGUGGUUGCAGACAAGGAGGGCGUUAGCUGCUCGGCCGCUCCUUUACCUACUCGCCUCUUGCUCCCGUGUUGCGGGCUGACGGUGAGUGUGCUGCCGUACGUGGAGCCGCAAGUGCCCUCUGCGGAGGUACAAGGGCGACUCAGCGACAGCGGCAGCAAGCACCAAGGGCCGGCAGAAAGACACCUGCCCCGUAUGAGUAAUCCAAGCAGCAAAAAUACCGGAAGUGCAUACUUGCCACGACGGCGCUCUAGUACAUCGGCGUCGCUUCCUCGGCCAGCGAUUCCGCGCAUGCGCGAGGACGCGGCGACACGCGGGCUGACGCCAUCUGUAAUGCUUUUAAGCAGCGCUGCCGCCUCUCAUGACUGUCACAACAGCAACAACAGCAAGCAGCCCUACAGACUGCGUAACCCUCCCAGCACGCCACCGCGUCAGCGGCAUCGCAGCUCGGAGAGCACAGUCGCAACAAAGCUUAGUUCCCCUUUGACAAGUUCACCCAAUGGGCCAAUGAUGCACAGCGCAGUGGCGCCGAUAGCGCUCAUGAUGAAGGGCACGUUCAGCAGUGAGAAGCACCGCAUCCAAGUAAACCCACGCACCCCGCUGGACACCGUGAGCAAAAAUCGUAUCAUGGCGCGAAUUUUUCACCAAGACAGGCAUAGCAGCAGGAGAAACACGGCCGCUGCCGCCGCUGUCAUCGCGGGAGCGGCGUCUCGCUCCUACGCCGGAGUCACCCGCUUAUCCAGGGCUGAGAAGCACAGUGACAAGGGCUCAGAUUCUAUUGCUGGCGCCGAGCGCCGGGGGCGAGCGACUGGGGUGAAUAGCCGCAGUGGUGCUGCGGGUGCAGCAGGUGUGCCAAUCGGUGCUCGGAGUUGUGAUACGAAGCGACAGCGCUGGCCCCAUCACCGUGUCCAUUCCUACACACGAGCGCAAGCCCAGAAACAGGCGCAUCUACUCUUGCCGCCCAGCCGUGUCCCCAAGCCACUCGGGGUCAAUCUAGGCAUCUAUCGUGACCCCAGCCUUGUACUCGAGAUUGAACUGGCGUACCCGCGGCUGCACCGCGGCAACGUGCGGGAGCUUCUUGCGGAGUGGAAGUACGCCUACCAACCUCACCCCGUUUUGGUGGAAGCUGUCAUCCGCAACAUUGUGUACGCUGUACUAGUGCAGUUGGCUGCCCUGCAUGCUGUCGGUCGCACCCAUGGGAGUGUCAAAUCAACCAAUGUUUUUCCGCUAUGGCACGCCGUGGAAAGCAUGCGAGAAUCAGGGCUUAUGAUGCCGCCUCGACCCCAGCGGCACGAGGCGUCCCCGCCGCCGCUCGUGGUGGCACACGAGAAGUGUGAACCGAGGCCGCUGCAGGAGGAGGGGCGAAAGGCAGAGGCGGUGAUGAAACAUGAGGAAAAAGGUGAGCGCCGGAGAAGCGUCUCCGCUGCUGAAGGCGAGGGCGUUUGCGAGCCGGGUGGCGCACCGGCUGCAGAGCCACACACGGACAGUCAAGCUGCCCUUGCGCUACAGGAAUAUGCCACCGAAGAGCUCACCUCGGCCGUGGUCAAUGCAGCGGUCGGUGUGACUCUUAACUCACCCGCCAAGAGUCGCUCCCUCUCCAACCAGCGACGACGCCGGGGCCCACAUACCGCAGCAGCGCAUCCUCGACUCCAUCAACAGACGCGCCUUCGCGACCAGAAAACGCAAAGCUCAAACAAGGCUGUUCGCAGCACUGGCACGGUUCCUGGUGUACCGAGUGUGGCAAAGUGUUCUUCGCCAGCAGCGCUAUCCAGAACGUCUUUGACUGCCACUGUAAGCACGUCGUCUACGGGACGGGCGACCGCCAUACCUGGUCACUGCCGCAGAAGUGCCAGUGGCGGCGCCGGCUCUGACAACAAGCAGGUUGUCGCUAGCACUAAUCCACGCAUGCCCGGGGGUCAAUCGCACCCGUCUUCCAGGCUGUCGUCCCCCUCCACUGCCUUCUCCUCAGCCCCCAUGCUGCUUCCAGCGCCGACAUCAGUACGCAGCUCGCCGGCGCCGCUUUCGACCGUCGACGCUCUUCAGUCCUAUCACGCGGACAUCACGAGCAGGAGAGCGGGCACGUUCUCGCCUGCAAGAGGUACGAUCUCAAACAGCAGACGCCUGCGCCGCUGCGAAGGGGUCGCAUCGCAGCCGAGGCGCGGAAGCAUCGGGAUCAAUGUCGGCGGCAGAGAUGGCGUGUGUGACCCCAACAGUGAUGCCGAGGAGGAGGACGAUAGUAGCCUUGUGCCCCUAGUCGCUGAGGUGCUGGCGGCGCCAUCUACUGUGCUGCGCGUCUCAGCAUCGAAGGAGGUCGUUGCGACUGCUGAGCUUGGCACUGACAAGUCGCAGACACGGCUGCAGAACAGCUCGUCGGGGACACCGGGGAUGCACUUGACGUCAUCCUAUUCUUCCUGUGCAACUCUGCCGCGGCACCGUGACCAUCACCACGGUCACCAUCGGCGCCUCCAGAGGCGCGGUUCGUGGUCAGCGGAAGUGGAGGAUCCGGAAGAGUGGCUUGCGUCUGCCGCGCCGCCGCGCUACGUGCGUGGGGUGGAGCUUCGGCCUCCAGCGACUGUGUGGUUUCCUCGAGUUGCCUUGGACAAAGUUCCUGUUGCAAGCGAGAAGCCGAGUGUUGACCAUGGUGUACUGCCGCCAGCGAACAGUGCUAUGGUGUUGGAGAACGUAUCCGAUGUCGCGGCACAGCCUGUGCUAACUCGAGGUCCGGUGGGGGCUGUGCCGCAACCGCAACUUGACAGUGUUGGCAGAGCGGAGGUGAGCACUUCGGAGAUUGAAACUUCUGACGGGACGAGGCAUCGGGGCAGUUCCGCGGGCCCUUCGAUGGCCUCGUCGUCUGCGCUGCAUGGCGCCCUGGGCGGCGCUGGGCAGGACGCGCCAGAUCCGCUCCACUGGUCGCGUCAGGUGCUGCUGGUUGACAAUGUUGGUGCUGCCGUUGCAGCCGCGUUACGCACCGCCAUGACCUGCGUACUCAUGCAGCAUCCACCGCUCCGACACUCAUCGUCGCAGCCGUCAUCUCCUGCCUUUCUCACAUCAACGCUGAAGACGCCAAUAUCACGAUCAGACAAAGCGCGUCACGCUGCCACCGCCGUCGCUGAUCACGCCACUGUCGAUACUGAGAUGCAGGGCAUUCACCCCCCCACCUCGUUGAGGUCGACUGCGGCAGCAGCAUCAACGAGACGCAAGAGCAGUGCAGCGGCUGGACCGACGCUCAACGUGCAUGUUCCUGAUGUGGUGCGCAGUCCCCCCCCUCUGCCGCCCAACCUCUUUUCCAUCCAAGAGUCGGAGUACGUGCCGGCACCCGAGCUAAUUCGCUGGUCUGCCGAUGAAGCCUUCACGCUACGGCGACCAUGGCGUCAGCAGCCCGGCGAUGCAGCUGCAGCGACAGCGGAGGCCGAUGGCGAGGGGGGUGCAGGGGAAUGCUCUGGUUUUCCGCGAAGCUCCACGACGGCCGGUGUUGACGCAUGGGCGGAGAGUGCUGCCCGGGUGCGCGAUGUCUUGGCACCGCUAGAGGCGACUGCGCCACCCAUGACAACGCUGCGCAACACCCUCGACCCAUACCCUGCCCUCAGCACAGCGGUCGACAUAUGGGGGUUAGGGAUGAUGGCACUGGAGCUUGCUGAUGGCCCGCCGCCGAUGUCGUGGCUGAAACAGCGCGAGCCGGCGCCGACCUUGCGUACCUAUCCAUGGUCGUCUUACUUUCACGCGUUUGUGUCGCUGUGCCUGCAGCGCGCGCCAGAGCAGCGCAGCACAGCGGUAGAGCUGCUGCAGCACCCAUGGUUUGGCGUGGCCCUGGUCCCGCAAGCUUCCUCGCUGUCGCCUCCAACGACCAUUCAAAGCAGCGGCGGUGUGUGGUAUCGAGGCACGGUUGGCAGCGAUGCUGCUGGCGUGCCGGUCGAGGCGCGGAACUUAGUGGCAGUUCGUCAGAGCGGCAAGGCAGGGGGACCCGCGCCGGUGAGCUCUCUGCCGUUUCCGCUGUUGUCAGUACGUCCGCCAGGUGUCAUGGGCGUCGACUGCUUGACAGCGGAGGAAAAGGCAGAGUGGGAGAACUACGACUACACACUGCUCUAUGCGUCUGGUGCACAGUCAAUGCGCCCGCUCACAACGACCGCUGCUGCGGCCUCUGCCGCUGUUGCCAGCACUGCAGAGGACCACCACCAGAAGGGCAGCUCCGGCAUGCGGUUAGAAAGCUCAUCGAGAUAUGAACCGCAGGGAGUCACCACGUGUGUAUCUUCGGUUUCGGCGAGGGAGCGCAACAACCGGGCAACGGGCGCUGUAGAUUCCAUGAGCGUCGGUGAACCGCCACCAUCACUGGGGCUGGGUGGGCGUAGAAUGGACGCGCCUUCCCAGUCGCCCGCUGUAGCCGCGGCUGCCGUCGCGCUGCCAUCGCAAUCUUCCGCUCUCACCGUUCCCAGCGCUGGUGGCGGGACCGCUGUCACGUUACCAUCGGCCGCCGCCGCCUCCUCCUCCAGUACUGCCAAGGACUCCGCAAACGAUGAGCUUAUGACAGCAAUGUGCGCGGUCGAUCUCGCACAGAACUUUGCAGAACUCAUCACCCAGCAGUGGGUACAGCAACAGCAGCAGCUCAUCCCUCCGUUAGCCACAUCGACUGGCGCGUACGGUGACGCAGGGAGGGAGAGGCAGGCGCUGUUACCCUUUCAACGUAGCUUCUUCACUGCUGCCGCAGCGUCAGCAUCUCUAGACGGUGCCAGUACGCUCCCCCUUUCUCUCAUUUCUCCUCGGCCCAUCACUACCCGCGCCGUGGCAGCAGCCUACGGCGUACUUUCUCCCCGGUCUUCGCAGUCGGCAGCCGCCCAAGGUGCGGUGUUGCCGCAGCACCAGCAGCCGUCGGAGUGGUUGUUCUCACAGAUCAUCCGUGACGAGAAAGUGCCGUUGAUGUGGGGAGGGCACAGCAAGGCGUUCAGCAACAACGCCUUGCUGUGUGGCCAAACGGAGGUGGCCCCUGCCAUAUCCCCGCAUGGCGCACCGUCGCCGUUGCCGUUGCUACUGCCGAACUCCGGCGGUGGAGGGGUUGUGCAAGUCCUGCCGACUCACCUGCCUGCGCUCGAUGUCCCGCUGCAUGACGCGCGCGGUGACACGAUGUUGACGGCGGCACAUGCGUUGGUAUCUCCGUGGACCGAAAGGAUGAUGAGCGAAUGGGGCGGUACGAUAGAGAUCCAGUCACCGCUGCAGUCGGCACUGUCUUCAGCAACGCACGGUGCCUCGGCGCCGUGGUUUCAGCUAAGCGCAGGCGUUACAGCCGGGGGCUCGACGCCGCUCAUGUAUCCCGCCCUUCAGGUCCUGCCGGGCGGGGAUGGCAGUGCCAGUGGUAGUGGAGGCGGCUGCCCGACCCUGUACUGGGACCGUGGCGUCCUUGAUGCCAGCAGUAGUACGAGCAGUGUCCGUAGCGGCGAUGACUGGGAUCGUGGCGGCAGCUCACCACAUCACGGUCGCCACGCGCGAGCUACUUUUGAUAGCUCGCGCCAAAGCAGUAGCUCUAGCAGCCCAUGGAGUGACAGCACUUCCAGCGGCACGCCGCGAGGCGCGCUCUGUGGUAGUCACAGCCACAUUAGUAAAGGCAGCUGUUCUGACGUGCACGGGCUCAAGGUGAGUGGCGAGGUGCCGGAACUGACGCGGACACCGGCGCCCCACCUCAACGGCACCUUCAGCACGGCGGCCACGCUUCUCACCGACGACGCGACAGGUCGCGGUGUCUUCAAGCUGGGCACACCCAAGCAGCGCGGUGGCGGUGACCGAAACAUGGUGUUCUGUGACCCCACUACAGGCGGCGGCGCGGCUGCCGUGAAGGAAGGCGUAUCCUUCUCUUCGUCUUACGCAGCUGCGCCGAAGCUGCUGCCGCGAAGCGGCAACGAAGACUGCUCUCGGCAUGAGCAACAAGGUGGUUCCACUAGCGGAGGCGGUGAUGGAGAUUAUGGUGCAGUACCACGACUGCCCUCCUCCUUUCGUCCAACGCGCCACCUGCUCACUGGCACCAUCGCCACCGCUCUAGCACGCUUGUCAAUGAUGGCGUACCUUUCAUCCGACACUGAAGAGCAGUGGAGUGAGACAAGUACCAGCACCGCUACUGACAGCAGCAGCGAUGAAGACAGCACCAUCUACAGCGACGGGUCCGGCUCUUGUGUCUUGUCUUCGAUGUGGGGUGUGUCGGCGUGUCAGUCAACUCCGCUUGAGUCGGAUGAUAGGGCUGCUUGCAUGCAAGGUGGUGGUGACAGCAGUGACGUCACCAACCAUGAGGAGCUGGAUGAGGACGAUGAUGGGCAGUCGAUGAGCGCGGAGGUGCGCUGCGACGAGCUCCUUCGCUGCUUAUCGGUGCUGCAACGGAGCUGCCCGGCAGCGAUAAGUCUCUGGUGCGUCCGUGUACUGCAACAGGCGAUGCGGCACCCCCAGACGGCCGCGGCCGCGGUGCGCGUCCUGGAGCGAAUCGAGAGCGUUCCGCCUGCCGAGCGGUCGAGGAAUCUUGGCUGGCUCAAGCAGCCAGAUUCCUCGCUUUCACCGCCGACGCCGCUGUUGAUCUUACCUGAUCCUCUAGGUGCAAACGACACGCAACGCGGCGGGAGAGCAGCAGCCCCAACAGGCGCCGGCCGCUCCUCCCUGUCUGCGGUAGCGGCUGCCGUUGGUGUGUCGCCUCACGCCUCUCGCGGUUCCCUGCCUCCCCCGGCGCUAGACGCGAGCCCCAGCAACUUCCAGAAUUACGAGAUGGCGAAGUGGAUGUAUGCAGUGCAUCAAGCGCUCCCCCGGUGCACGUGA